AUGACUACUCCUGUGCUCAUUGGGCUCGGUGCCAUCGGGGCCGCCUUGGUCGGUCGCCAGCUUAUCAAAUCUGGUGUGAUUGGAGGCAAACGUGCCGCCGAUGAAUGGGUCAAAGGUGGCUUCAAGGCCAAAAUGGAUAGGAAAGAGGCGCUGGAUAUCCUUGGUCUCAAAGAAGGUCCAUUGGUGAAGCAGCGCUUCAAAGACGCCCAUCGCAACAUCAUGAUUGCCAACCAUCCCGAUCGAGGGGGCUCUCCCUACUUGGCAAGUAAAAUCAACGAGGCCAAGGAUCUGCUAGAAAAACAGGAGCGAGGAAAAUAA